AUGUCCGAGAUUCGCAGUUUCACCGUUCGGCCGUUGUCAAAACAGGCCCGGAGUGAUUACAAGGAUGCAUUUCGGGUCUACCUAUCAUCAUCCUCCCUGGCUGCGUUGAGGCUCCGCGCUGAUGAUCUCUGCUGCCUGACCUCUGCUGAAGGAGCCCCGAAGACCGCGAUUGCUUGGACUGCGGUGGAAAACAUUCAAAGCACCGUGGUGCAAACCUCGAGGGCUCUCCAGGAUUGCUACGGAAUUAAGGUAGGAGAAAAAGUCGGAAUUAGCAGGAUAGACGGCGCUCUCGACAACGUUGAAUCUGUUUUCCUGCUUGAUUGCUCCGAACAUGAGAAAAUCGCAAGGUAUGGAUCGAUAGCCGCCGAAGAACGGUGCCACUGGGAAUGGGCUUUGGAAUUUCAACUUCUGAGAUGUGAAGUCCUCGCCAAGGGCCUUACUUUUGAGUUAGAGCUUAAGGGCCAGCGUCGGAGCUUCCAGUUGAUGAAUAUACACGCCCAGAAUUCAAGCCCCAACCGCACCAUUUUUCGGUUUACGAAGGAUACCAAGGUUUGCAUCGGAACGGAAAUGGAGGCGCCCGAAGAGCCUUCCUCUUCCGACAUCACCGUUCAGUCUACAAAGCUAGGGGGUCUCUCGCGACAGAUUGAAGACAUUAAUGAGAGCUUGUCCGACUUCAAUAUCGACCCACGCAAACCGAAUAUGCCUUCAUUCUAUGAGCACAGCCGGGGUAUUCUUCUCUAUGGACCAAAGGGAACUGGAAAGACAGCUUUGCUGGAGCAGAUUGAGAAGGCUGGCUGGAAACAAGUCUUGAAAAUUGGAACCUCAUCGCUCGGUCGAAGUAUUAACGAAAGUGAAUCGAAGAUUCGCAACGUUUUUCAAGAAGCUGCGCGCUCAAAGCCUAGUGUCAUCAUCAUCGAUCAACUGGACUUUGUCGCACCGAAGCGAACUUCUCUAGAGUCUCAAUCACUGGCUUCCGUCCUUUGUGAGAACUUGGACGCGAUUCGGAGCGCGUCGAUUCUGGUUGUGGCCGCAACCAGGCAUCCAAACAACGUUGACGAUGCGCUCAGAACUCCACAUCGAUUUGGCGCAGAGAUUGAGCUACAGGUUCCAACGGCCCAGGAUCGGGCAGAGAUUCUUCGUGCGAUCCGUGGGCCCGUUUCCGCUGGGUUGACAGAUGAGCUAGUUGAAUAUCUUGCAGAGAAGACACAUGGAUAUGUCGGCGCGGACCUCUUUGCUUUGCUGCAGUUGAUUUGUCGGAAAGCCCGCCAACGGCAGCUGCUGGAGCAGGACUCCACACCCCAAUGCUCUGAUCUGUCCACUGAGAUAGAAAAUAACCGGCAUGUUAGUGUCGACCUAGUGAUACAAGAGACUGAUAUCAUGUCAUCCUUGCAAGAGAUUCGGCCUACAGCCAUGCGCGAGGUGUUCUUGGAGACUCCAAAGGUGAGAUGGACAGAUAUUGGCGGACAACACGAAGUAAAAAAACGCCUGCAGCAGGCUGUCGAAAGACCUCUCAAGCAAAAGGGAGUUCUUCUUUACGGCCCACCUGGGUGUUCUAAGACAUUGACUGUCAAAGCCCUGGCCACAGAAGCUGGGUUGAACUUUUUGGCCGUUAAGGGUGCAGAAAUUCUGAGCAUGUAUGUCGGAGAGUCUGAACGGUCGCUGAGGGAGAUAUUUCGCAAGGCUCGCGCGGCACGACCCAGUAUCAUCUUCUUCGACGAGAUUGAUGCCAUUGCCGCUCGACGUAGCAGCAGCUCCAACGGCGGUGUCAAUGUUCUGACGACUUUGCUCAACGAGAUGGAUGGUAUUGAAGAAAUGCGGAACGUGCUGGUCAUCGCGGCCACGAACAAGCCAGACGUCCUUGACCCAGCACUCAUGCGGCCCGGUCGUUUGGACAACAUCCUAUACAUUGGACCACCUGAUUUUGAGGCGCGGAAGGAAAUUCUGCGAAUCUGGUCAAGUAAAUCUGUCGUCGAUCCGGAAGUGGACCUGGACGAACUGGCGACCCUCACCGAUGGUUAUUCGGGAGCGGAGAUGGUGAGCAUAUGUGAGACUGCAGGAGAUGCGGCCUUGGAUGAAGAAGAAGAGACUCAGCAAGAGCAAAAUGUGAAAUUGAAGCAUUUUGAAUACGCCUUGGGUCAGGUGCGGCGACAGAUCACAGACAGCGUCAUUGCGGAAUACGAGCAAUGGAGAGAUGGACAGUCCUAA